AUGAAAAGAAAAAGAAAUAUAGGAAACAAAGUAGUAGUUUUUAUUUUGCUAUCCAUAAUAAACAGAAUUAGCUGUAGUAGCUCUCCAAACAGUUUAGAUAGUAGCCCUCCAAACAGUUUAGAUAGCAAUUCAGCACCUAGUUCUAUUCACAGCAAUGGUUCUAGUAUACAGAAUAAUAGCAAUGCCAGCUUAGAUCCGUUGAGAGAAGAAAUUUUCUCAAAAAUAUACUACAAAGAAAAAAAAAGGCCGAACAGGAGUGAAAUACUGACAUUGGACGAAAUAGACCUACUUCCCUCAGAUAGCAUACAGAGCUUAGUAAAAUCUCAGCACCUCAAAAGCUUACUUACCUUUGACAACAAUUUUCCAACUUUAGAAAGAUUUGAGAAGCCAACGAAAGGAGUUUUAUUCCAUGAUAUAAUAAACACAAGUGUCCAAGCCGGGAUAACUGACCAAAAUACUAAAAGUUUUUCUAAAAACCAUGUUAGGCUGCUGAAAAAAGAGCUAAAGAGAACAUUAAAUGAAAUCCUAGUAAAAUUUUAUACUGAACAAAAAGCACGUAAAGAGGCUAAAGAACCUCUGAAGUAUGAAAAAGCACAAGAUAUAAUUAAAAAUCAGCCUUUUAUAAACUUGAAUUCCCACUUGGAGAAGGGGUUUAUUCAAAAAACAAUAGAAGCGUGCUUUGAAAAAGAUGAUGAAGUAGAGACUAAUACUAACCUAUUAGGAUCACUGCUUGUGGAGGCGAUCGGCCGAAGCUUAACUGUAGUUCUAGAAACAGAUAAUGAAGAUAUACUAAAAUAUGCAAAAGAGUAUUUUGAUGGAGUUUCUGAAUACAGUAAAAGACUUGGGCUGGAUGCAGCAACGCAUGCAAAUGAUCAAAAAAAUAGUAGCACUGGCACUCCGGACAAUAUAACCACUGUUUGUGAAAGUCUGGAAGAGAACAUGUGGGUAAAAUAUACGAAUUGGUUUUUUGAAAUCGCCACUCUUGUUUAUGAUGAAAAGAAGGAUAGUGGAAAUUUAACUGAUCAAGAAAUAGAAGAGAUAGUUAACAAUAAGAAAAAUACAAUAGACAGUAUAAUAGAUAACAACAACAGCUUUAAGUCCUUCUUUUCAGUUCCUAAUGAGCUGGGAAAUGCCUGCAUACAAAUCGUGAACUCAAUUAUGGAAUUUCCUGUGUUUAAAGACGGAGCCAAUAAGACUAGACACAAAAUGCAAAUAGGAGAAAUAGAAAAAUGCAAUAUAGUCAAAGUAGACUCAAUGAUGCAUCAGAACAAAACAUAUAUAGAUGGAUUAAAAAGCUACAAGAAAGAAUUCUUUGGCAUAACAAAAAAACUUAUAGAGACUAUCAAGGCAGACUUUAAAGGCAUACAGUUUCUUAACUCAGGGAUUAUAAAUAAUCUAGAAAGCAAAAAAAAUGUCUUUUUGAGUAAAGCAAAUUUAUUGCAUGCGCUAGCUCCAGAGCUUCGAAAGCAUCUGGAAAGCAAUUCCAUGAUGGCAAAAAUAGAAUAUGAAAACUCGAUAGUUUCAACUGUAAAUAGACAGAUAAACACGUUGCUUACAAAUAGCGCAUCAGGAACUUCCACUCAAGUAGAACAGACAAUAGCGAACCAAUAUAAUGAAUACCGCAAUAUAAACAGCAUCUUAACGCACAAAGAUAUCUUUCAGCGAUUCUUGCUGCAGAGAAUAGAGAAAUGCGUGCAGGAGUAUAUAGAUAAAGCAAAUUUGAUAUUGGCAAUAAAAAAUUUCGUUAUUGGGCAUAUAAAAGAGUAUACGACUAUACUAUAUAAAUUGAAGAAUAUAAUGGGCCUAGUUAACUCAUUAGCCAAUGGUUCUGAAAAGGUGCUGCGCGCGCAAAAAGAAGACUUAAUUAGCAGGACUGGCAUAGAAGAAAAAUACGACUAUUCCAAAUGCGAGUAUGUUCCUACACCAGAGUCUCGUUUUUCGAUCGUAUGUCUGUGUCUAGUUCAGAAAAUAGUUGGGUCUCCCUGUAUAAACACCAGCUCUAUACAGUUAUCUGAAACAAAUGCGAUGAAAAUAGAAACAGCGCUGGAUGAAAAGAUAAAAGAAAUUGAGAAAGAUACAGAUACAGAAGCUGAAAAAAUGAAUGUAAACAAACAGUACACUUACGUGCUCAAGAAGCUGUAUAACUUAGUGCGAAGAGAUUUUGUUGAGAUCAAAAAUAGCAUAAAAGAUACUUGUGAGAAUUCAGCAGAGUACAACUCUAAAGACUACGGCACUUACGCCAAUUUAGUAGUUAGCAGAGUCCCAGAAGAAUACAAAAAAACAAUAACAGAUGAAAUAGAAGAGGAUAUUCAUGACUUUGAUGUAGACAAGACCAAAGACUAUACAGAAUAUAUUACUCACUUUAAUGCUAACUUCGAUAAUACAUAUGAAAAAAUACUUGAAAAAUUAAUCGCCUGUAGUCUGAAAGACAUUGGCCUUGAGUUCUCAACAGAUAAAGAUAAUACUUUAGUUAAAGAAUUAAUUAAAAUUGUGCUAGACAACCUCAAUGCAUUUUCAGAUGUUUUUAGUAGAAUAGAAAGCAUUAGCUUUGAUGAUUUUGUAAAAGAAUUAACUGCAAAGAAUACUGCCCUAAAAGAAACUUGGGAUAAAUACUCUUCCCCCACAGACGACACUCUUACAAGCAGCAUUGCAUAA